CGACGGAACAAGACCACUUAACAUCAAUAAUUUUUAUCACGUGAUAUGUGUCUCCAUUAAGAAUGAUUAGGAAUGCGCGGUCGCUAAAUGCCAAGACUUAGUCGGUUCGUCAUCAGCCUCAUUAGGUGGACCCCCAGACCCGACCAGCUCCCCUAAGCGCUUCAACUUCCUAAGCUUCAUCUUUGACUUGACGCAUAACACAGUAAUCGGAUUGGCCGUUGAACCAUCCAUCGAACUCGUCUCUCUCACCAUCCACAUACUCUUUUGAAGACCUAGCCACUCUUUAACCUCGGAAUCAUGGAGGAAGACCGUCUCUGGAAGUUCCGCAAGCCAGCUUGGCUUAACAGCGCUUGGGCGCGUAGUGCUGGAGUCUACUCGGCAGGUGCUUUGUUCUCCCUCGCCUUCUACAUCCUCAUCGACGCAGCGGUAUGGUCCAAAUCGCCGCUUAACGGAUCCAACGUGCACGUAACGUUUGUGGACUGGCUGCCGCUCAUCUUCAGCUCGCUAGGCAUGCUCAUCAUCAACUCGGUCGAGAAGGCGCGACUGUCGGCCGAUUCGUUCUCCUACAGCGGGUCGGGCGUUGCCUGGAAAGCACGCGUGGUCCUAUUUCUAGGCUUCGCGGCUCUAGCCGGCGGUAUGGCGGGCGGCGUCACUGUCUUCGUCCUCAAAUACGUCGUGCCGGAGGUACACUGGCCUAUGAUGGGCAUGGGCGUCGAGAACAUCGUCGCCAACGGCUUAGUUAUGCUGAGCUCCGUUGUCCUGUGGGUCAGUCAGAAUAUGGAGGAUGAAUAUAGCUAUAACUUGUCACUAUAAGAGCCGGAAAUUUCAAAUUGGUGGUACCCGACCGCCUGUCGUAUCGGGCGGGCAAAUAGAGAUAAGGCAGGCUAGUUAUAAUUAUACUCGGUUGAGGUGACGGACACAAGGUGACGCCGAGACCAUGGCUAAGAUCCUGGAGAUUGCAAU